CAUUGCCAUUUUUCAUUCAUACAGGACUACAACAAUAUACAAUGACCACAUCGUACACAUUGGAAGAAGUGGGCAAACAUGUCACUGAUAAAGACUGCUGGAUUGUUAUACACAAUAAAGUUUACGAUGUAACAAGUUACUUCGAACUACAUCCUGGUGGCGCAGAAGUCCUUCAAGAAUAUGGCGGUCUCGAUGCCACGGAGCCAUUUGAAGAUGCAAGCCACUCUGAUAGUGCCUGGGAAACAAUGAACUCACUCAUAGUGGGCGAGCUGGCAGAAGAAUACCGACAAGCAGAUCAUGUUUAUUACAAAACCACACAUGAACACGUUGAAGCCGCUCCUAUAUUAGCAAAAACUUCGACAGCGAAAAGGAUUAAAAGCUUGUUCACCAAAGCUCUUGCUCUUAGCUUAACGGGAAGCCUUGUUUACUUUGGAAGGCCACUCCUCUCCACCCGUUGGCUGUCAACUGGUCUUCUCACCAAUCAACUUCUACGCAUCCGUAUCGGGAAAACUUCUACGGACUUUUGGUAUGGCUACCUCAGUUCCGUAGCCACAACUUCCCUGCUCGUGAUGAGCGCUGGCUAUCUCGCCGUGAAUAAACUCAGCAGCGGCGGCGGCCAUGGCGGACCCAGCUUGCCCGCUCGCUCAAAGCCCACGUUUAGAACAUUGAAGAAGCCCUCGACUAUCACGCCACCUGAAGCACCGAUUCUAGCCACUCGUUCGUAUCGAAAAUUCCCGCUUGUGCACAAGAAAGAGCUCUCACCAAACGUGUAUCUACUAGUAUUCUCCUUGCCAUCGCCCACGGCUGUCUUACCCCUGCCAACAGGCCAGCAUGUCUCCGUGAUGGCCGAGAUUAACGGUCAGAGUGUCAGCCGCUCAUACACACCGAUAUCAAACUAUAAAGAUCCCGGCGUGAUCGAGCUGGUCGUCAAGGUGUACCCGACUGGCCUUCUCACACCGCACCUCGGCAAUCUGAACGUCGGCGACGCCGUUGGUUUCCGUGGGCCGAUCGGCGCUAUGAAAUACAAAUCUGGGUUAAGCAAGCGUAUUCUCAUGAUCGCCGGUGGCACCGGCGUAACGCCCAUGUAUCAAGUCAUCCGGGCAAUCUGCGAAGAUGAAGCAGAUGACACAACAGUGACGCUGCUCUAUGCGAACAAUAACUUGGAGGAUAUUCUCAUGAAGGAGAAACUGGAUGCGUGGGCGGCGGCGCAUCCAGGGAAAUUUUCAGUCUCCUACGUUUUAGUAAAUCCCCCGAAUGGGUGGAAGGAUGGGACGGGGUUUGUGUCGAAAGAGAUGAUUCAGCAGAAGUUAGAGGGGGGUCUGGAUACAAAGGUCAUGCUUUGCGGGCCGCCGGGGAUGGUGAAGAUUAUGAAGACGCAUCUUUCUGACAUGGGGUUUCCGGUUCCGGGGGCGAUUUCAAAGGCGAGUGAUCGUGUGUUUGUAUUUUAGCUGGAAG